GUUUUAUUUGAAUAAUAUUGGAUUCGCGUUAUUCUCUUUAUUCGAUUGAGCAUCAAUGGAAGAUUUAUAGUUUUCCACUUUCUAAUAUGUCGUAAAUUAUGGAAACACCUACGAAAAAUAGUGUCAGGACUCCAAAGAAAAAUCCUAGAUUUCGAAAUGUAGAUGCUGAUGAAGCUUGGGUAGAAUCUUCGCCAAGUUCCGAUUCAAAGAUAAUUCCUGUAGAAAUCGCCCAACCAGAAACUGCUGAGAAAACUCCUGAAGUACUAGAAACAUCUCCCACUACUGGAAAGUCAAAAACUCCUCAAAAUGAUCCGUCCUUUGAAAAUAUCAUUAGUCAGUUAUCCUCCUUCAGUAAGGAAUCUCAGGGCCUGAAAACACCUGUUCGACGGGUAAAAACACCCAGAAAAAGUGGAUCUAAAUCCAGAACACCAGUAAGAAGCAAUAGGAAAUCCGGUCUAAAAACACCCAAAUCCUCGUUGAAAAAAUCAGCUUUCUACUCAUCGCCAAGAAAAACGGUUAAGAGAAAGUUGAAUUUGUCGCCUGAUGAACAACCUACUCCUAAAAAAAUAAUGGUUACUCCACCAGAACCAGGUCUCAGUCAAACUCAAAGAGAAAAUUCCGAAGAUAAGUUAUUAAUAGAAAAAGGAAAGGAAAUGGCAGAAAGUAUAAUCAACGAUCAGGAUGACGAGGACGAUGACGAUGAAUGGGAAGAGGAGGACGAGGAAGAUGAAGAUGACGAGAAAUUAGAUAGCUAUGAUGAGGAAUUUGGAGAAGUUGAUAUGUCAAUAAUCGAAAACAUAACAAAAGUUUUAGAGAAUACUCAAAAGAAGUAUAAUAUAUCGAAAAGGAAUGCAACUACAAUUGUACAUGAACUAGAGAAGACUAACAUUCUGGAAAAUGUCAGAGAGGCCAUUUCGAAACAGGUUAAUUGUAUUCAAGAGGAGGAAGAAAAUAUAGAUUCUCUCUAUGAUGCUCUGUUUGAACCUAAGAUGACUAGAGCCAAGUUUAAAUAUAGGGCUCAAGAUGGUCAGCAGCCGGUAGGACAAUCAUCAGAUUGGAUCAACGAAGAAAUUGAAAAAUCUCUGUUAGAUUAUGCCCUUGACGAUGACGAUGACAACGACCAAGUUUACGAGCCUAGUCAUGAUUCGGAAGAAGAAAGUGAUAUAGAUAGUAAAAGUUCGGUAGCGGAUUUAGGAUCACCUCAAAAUCAAGUCAUGACUCCUAAGACAGCGACUGAAGAUUCUCAGAAUAUGGACAUGAAUGUUACUCGUUUGUCGAAAGAAGUUCCCACAAUAGCCAAACGUACAAGAUCUAAGCAUCCUCUAACAGAAUGCGAUUUAAGUGAAAUAGAAGCUUCUUUCCUAGCACCAGAUGUUACUCCAGAUUUAUAUGAUUUAUCUACGGAUAGUAAUCCAGAUUGGUUAAGAUUUUUGACAAAUUUAAGUAAGGACCCUAAAAUGGAUGUAACGAAUGAGGAGGAGGACGAUGAAGAAUUUAAUGUAAUGAAAGAAAUGGAUGAAUCAGAUGAUGAAACUGAAGAAUUUCGUAGUGACAAAGCAGUGAAAAUUCCAAAACAAGAGGUUUCGGACUUGAUUGAUGAAAUAUUUAGUGAUUUAGUAUCGGAGGAUGGACAAGAUAUUGAAAAAACUUUUACCGAUCAAAAUGAAGAGGUUAAAGCUGAACAAGAAGUGAAUACGAUCGAAACGAAAAAAGAAUUUGAUUUAACACGCCUAAAUAAGAAUAUUGGAAGUAUGCGUUUGAAGGAUUUAAUUGAGAUAAAAAAUAAUUUGGGUAAAGAUUUAAUCGCCGAAGAUAAAGAAAAGAGUAAGCCAGUGAAACCAAGACUAGUAUUCUCUCUAACACACCAUCAAGGUCGGCAGCUUAUGCAUCAGAUGCAAAAGCAUGUUCAAAUUUUAGCUCAGACUUUUGUCUUAACGGCUGGAUCGAAACAUUUUGAAUCAAGUGCAAUUAAUUCUAAGACAUUUUUACUCGAAUUACAAUUACUUGGUGAACAAUUUAUGCAAAUUAACAAUAUUUCGGCUUCAUUUUUUAUACCUGGGAAUUUAAAAGCAGCAUUAGAAGUUUGUGAAGUUGAUACUUAUUUUCCUUGCGAGAAUGAAUUGAAGAGAUAUAAACAAGUUUUAUCUGCAAGACAAAAGGACAUUUUUAUGAAUAGUCAAGCCUUUGUGCAUUUGGAUUUGUUACCAUCGAAAAAUUAUGAAAUACCUGAAACGAGCGGAAAGAAUACAAGUACGAAAAAGAAACAUUUUACUCAUGCUGAAGAUCAUUUAUUAGCAAUAGCCAUAUCAGAAAUGAGUAAUUUUCAUAAUGAACAAUUGGAAAGCUGCAAAUUAAUAUCGGACUAUCUCAUGCCAACUAUUAGUGGGGAAUGUAUUAGGAAUCAUAUAGAAGUCCUUAAUUCUGAAAGGACAACGCGAGUGAAUAAUGCUGUAGCUCUAUAUAUAAAGGAAGGAAGACUGCCAGACUAUCCAAGACCAACGGAACUAGCCAGCAUUGUUGCCCCGAUUAAUAAUUCUGCGAUAAGCACAAUAGGUCCUAAAUGGUGUUUGAAAUAUAAACAAAUGAAAAGUAAAAGAGAUGUGAAAGAAUCUUCAGAUAAAAAGGAUACAAAACUUAAACUCCAACCAAAAAUUCAACAACCGGUAGUUAUACUCAUUCAAGAAAAACAGAAACCUCCUGAAACUACUUAUCUAAUUCCUUUCGGUACUGCUCAAAAUAGGCCUCCUUCUUCACAAAUUAUAUUACUUGACUCACCGGCUAAAACUGCAAUUACAAAUAUGGAUAAGGGCUGUGAUCUUUUACAAGCAUGUGCUGCCGCCUGUGGUAUUGAAGGAGAGGUUAAAGUAAAAUUGGAAGAUCCUGUUAAUGAUUCUAAAGAUAGUGUAAUUAAGAAGGAAAAUAGUGUAGAAUGUAUGGAUACAGAAAGCCUUCCAGUUCCCCCAACUCCAGAAUAUCAAAGUAUAGAUAUAUUAAAUACUCCAGAAUCCUCACCGGAAAAAGAAGCGACUAUUCAGCAGCAAAGUGCAUCUCUGUCAACUUCACCGAAAGACACUCAAGCUAAAACACCGGAAGUUGUUGACAAAAUCGAUGGAGAUUAUACUAAUUUGGGUAUGACUUUAAGUAGUGAAUCGAGCGAUGAAGAGGAUCCCGGAGAGGCAAAUGCUGCUGGUGAAACUCAAGAAAUGAAAAUGGAAGAGGAUGAUGAAGACGAAGAUGAGGAAGACGCAGAAGAAGAUGAAGAGGAGGACGAAGAAGAGGAGGAAAGCCCAUUUUUAUUAAGCGUUGCCUCAUUAUUAAUUGGAGACCGUACUCCUCCGAAACUGGGUUUAAAGUCAUUCUCACCAAAAAAGAAUUUAUCUCCUGCAAAAGUUAUAGCCAAACGCUUGACUGAUAAAGCUAAAAGGAAAUUGUUAUCUAUAGAAAAGAAAGAGUUAAAGGAAACGGUUGAAGAAAAAGUCGAAGAAAAGGAUUGCGAAGACGUUGAGAAUAUUGAUCCUAAGGAAAACACACAAAUCGAACAAACUAAAAAGGACAUUAAUAGUAAAUUGAAACAAGAGAUAGCUAAAAAAAUAAUGGACGACGAAUUAUUAGACAAAGACCCAAAUAAACUUGAAAAAGAAAAAUCUUUUGUUGUCGGUCUCUGUAAAUUGGUACAAACGACGGCAGGAAGUGAAAAAUUUAAAGAAUUAUUGGAAGCUUGCGUAAAGUUCAAUAAGUCGAGAGUAAUGGAAAAUGAAUCAGUAUUAAAACUUCAUAGCGAAUUGUCAGCCAAAUUUGUUGACUAUCCUACUAUCGUACGACUUUUUUCGGCUCUUUUGUUACCUUUUCAAGCUAUUAAGUGUAAUUGUUACGAAGAUUACAUCUUCAUUCAUAGGUUUCGAUUGUUUCUUAGGAAAUGCGAAAUUGUGUUUGAAAAUCAAACCUAUAGCCUUCAUAAAAUUUUUCGAACCUUUCACAAAUUAAUUACAAAGAAAAUUACCGAAAAAGAACUACAGGAGAAGAUAAGAUCGCUUUUAAAAGGGCAAAGAAGUUUACUUGAAUCUUUUGAAUCCUUAUUCAAUUUAUCUAAAUCAAAUAUUCGAGACGAAGAAUAUGAAGAUGUUUAUCUCGAAGAAAGCAAUCCUGAAGAUGAAUUUGAAACGGCUGUUUGUCCUCCGGAUGAAGAUUUGGAGGUCAAAGGUUCUGAAAAGUGCAAUUGCACUUGCCACGAAGGCCAAGGACCAGUUAGACUUCGACAUUGUUUGUCUUGUGGUUUAUCUACAAAAAACGGGAAGUUGUACUUGAAAAAAAAUAGAAAAUUGGAAUCUGUAAAUAUAGUGUAUAAUAGUCCUUCCAAGAAGAGUGAUGAUUCUUCCUCAUCUGAAGAUUCUGUUUGUUCCCAGAUGGACUUGGAAAAUAGUUUAGAGGGGGACAAUGAAGAAGACAAUGAAAUAGUUGAAAAUUCUAUUCCAAAAGAUUUUAGUUCGCUUGCCGAACAUUUAAAUAUAUUGGACGAGAGUGAGAAAAAGGAAGUUCAUUUUGACGACACACAAUUUAGCGUUCCACUAGCAUGCGAAGUCGACCUUGAUAAUUCACAAUUUAGCGUUCCAAGAGCAGAUAAUAUACCCGAAACUGUAGAAGCGGAGAAUAAUGAUAAAGAAAAAUCUAAUACCACAACUUCCCAACAAAUGCCAAAACCGUCAAACGAACCCUGGACAAGAGAAGAAGAUAAAUUGAUAUUAGAAACAUGCAAACACCACCAAGAUUGUUCGUUUCGCGUAUUCUUUUUACUAGCACAACAAAUGAAUAGAGAUCCUCACGCGAUCGCUGAAAGAUGUCAAUAUAUGGCAGAACUAUUUAAAAAACUUAAAAAAACCGAUGAGGAUAGCACAAGUUGA